UAGAUUGCUGCUGUUACAGAAAAUUGAAUCAACACUUUCUGACCAAUCAGAAUGAAGAAUUCAGUUGUAUAAAGUCAAGAUGUCUUCUUGUGGAAUGUUUUUAAACCUAGAUAAUCUACAGCGAGCUUGAGGAUCACUGCACAAAGCUUGUGCAAAUAAGCUUAUAUGACUUUAAGCUCUAAAUGAUGUUUAUGUAGCUUGUAUCAGGAUGUAGACAAAUACAGUAUGUGUUGAUACAGUUGAGAUCUUUGCUGUAAAUUAACUUAAAGUUCUGUAGCUCUCCAGACUAUUUGCCAUUCUCAGUCUUUACUAACUUUCUACAUAAAAAAACAAUAUAAAUAAAUAAAUAAAUAAAAUUUAAAAAGUACACUGAAAGUAGUAGAUUUUUUAAAAACUAGGUUUUCUUGUUAGGUUUUUUUUUUUUUAACCUAACUAACUAAUGUUUGUUUAUUUGUUUGUUUGUUUGUUUUGGAAAGAUUAUUUUUUUUUUUUUACUUCUUUGAAUCAUGCAACAGUCCUGUUAAUCUGUGUAAAUUUUGAGUCCAGAAAUGAUAUUUUCUAUAAUAUGUCUUCAGAACAGCACAUAUUGGGUGCACGGUGGCUUAGUGGUUAGCAGUUCACCUCACACCACGGUUCGGGGUUCGAUUCCCACCACUGCCCCCUGUGUGCGCGGAGUUUGCAUGUUCUCCCCGUGCUGCGGGGGUUUCCUCCGGGUACUCCGGUUUCCUCCCCCAGUCCAAAGACAUGCACUGUAGGCUUAUCGACCUGUCAAAAGUGUCCGUAGGUGUGUAAAUGUGUAUGUGAUUGUUCCCUGCCAUGGAUUGGCACCCGGUCCAGGGUGUACCCCGCCUUGUGCCCCAUGCUCCCUGGGAUAGGCUCCAGGUUCCCCCGUGACCCUGUAGUAUAAGCGGUAUAGAAAAUGGAUGUAUGGAUGCAUGAAACAACAUAUAUUAGACCUGAAUGUAAAGAUUUUGACAUUUGAAUCAUUUUUAUUAUCAUCAUCAUCAUUUUUAAGUGUAAAUCUUUAGCCUGUUAGCCUCAUGGCUGAUUCAUCUACUGACCAGGGCACUGUACAUCUGUAAACACAUAGUAAACACGCUAAAUACAUAGUGCGCAUGCGUGAAGGCUUCGCGCAUGCGCAGUUCGGACCUAUUCCCAGGGACGCAGGCGUCGGUUAGUGACAGUGAAGCUGCAUUAAUACAGUAGCUCUGCUGCCGCUUCUUCCUUUGCUAGCUCCCUCUGUGCAACUUUAGUACUCCGAAAUAGCUUUUCAGGGUUUUUAUUGCGUUUCAGAUGAACAAGUAACGGCGCUGGUCAAGCCCAUGACCCAGCAGGAGCAGAAUGAGUUCAGGGAGAGUUGGGAGGACGCUCACGCCUGGAUGCAGGCCGUCCAGGAAAGACUUAAGCUCAACGACAACACCGAAGGUCCCCGAGCGGCUCUGGAGGCCCGACUGAGAGAGACGGAGAAAAUCCACGAGUCGGAGCAGGAGGGCCGGAUGAAAAUGGACGUGGUGCUGGUGGCCGCAGACGCUCUCCUCAAGAACGGAGACGAGGAGCUGAAGAACCAGACGCACUCCAAACUUAAAGAGCUAAAGACUCUGUGGGAGGAGACGUCCACCUACAUCGUCCACUGCCACAGCCGUAUAGAGUGGGUGUGGCUGCACUGGAGUGAGUACCUGAAGGCCCACGAGGAGUUCAGGAUGUGGCUGGUGAAGGUGCAGCGCGUGGUGGAGCCUGAUCUGGAGCUGCAGCUGGGUCUGAGGGAGAAGCUGUGGCAGGUGGAGCAUCACCGCGUGAUCUGCAGCGACGUGAAGGCCCAGGAUCCGCUGCUAGAGCGCCUGCUGGACGAGGCGUCCGCGCUUCAUAACCGCACCCAGGACCCCAGCGUGGACGAGCAGGCUCAGAACACACUGCACGAGGAAUACGACCACGUCCGCACCAGGGCGGAGGAGAGGCUCGGUCUGGUGCAGAAGGUCGCAGAGGAGCACGAGCAGCACCAGAGGCGCGUUCGCGAUUUCCAAACGUGGUUGGUGUCGAAAACAGAAGAAGUGAGUCGUUUCACAGAGAUAGAGGACGUUUCGGAGAAUCGACUGCAAGCCCUGCAGGACCUGGAUGCCAGCGUGGCGGGCGAAGAAGAGACAUUACUGUACAUCGAAGGCCAGGCCGAGGCCGUGAAGGCCAACACGUCACCUGCGGGAGCCGAGCUAAUCACGGAGGAGGUGGGAGAGCUGCGGCUGGCAUGGCAGGGGCUGCGGCUGGCGCUGGUGGAGAUCCGCACCGAGCUGAAGGGCUCCAUGGAUGCCGAGAGAGAGUACUACACCCGGCGAGAGGAGCUGGCAGCGGGCAUCGAGCAGCUCCGAGCCCUCGUGCGCAGAAUGAGCCGGCAGCUGGAGAAUAAAGAUGGAGAGAGGAGCGAGGAGAACAUGGUGGCUCAGUGGAAGAGCUGUACAGAUGCGAGGACGGUCCUCUCGGCCGAGGAGCCUCAGGUCGAGCAGCUCAAAGCUCAGAUGAAGGAGUUAUACCACUUCCCGUAUGAUUCCCGAGAACUUGCUGAUGAAUUACUGACUGCGGUGAAGGAGUACCAGAGCGUGAAAGGACGCACGUUCCGGCUCUGCUCGGAGAGCGAGACAGCUCUGAAGCAGCUCCUACAGGACCCCCUGCGUGCCUUUAGUCCGUGGAGCCAGCAGGCAUCUCAGACGCUCGACACCUCGACCGAAGUCACUGACUUCUCCCACAUCGCUGUGCUCGUGCAGAACAUCGAGAAGCUGCUGAAAGACAGCGUGCUGCUGCAGGAGAGGCUAAGCUCGCUGCAGGUGAAAGCUGACCUGCUGAGUGCCGUGUUUGGCGAGGAGAAAGCCCAGAGCCUGCUGGAGGAGCUCGGUACAGACAUGAGGAAGAGAGAGCAGCUUCACAGCCAACUUCUGCAGAGGAGAACUCGACUGCAGGAAUUAAUAUCGACGACAAAGAACUUCGGUGACGCUCACGACUCUAUUCAUCAGAAGCUCGUGUCUAUAGGCGACAGGUUUCGCGCUUCAGGCGGACUUCAACCGGAUAUUCUCGCUAAAAAGAGCCAGGCCGACCAACUUAAGGUCAUUAAGAAAGAACUGGAAGACUGCGAGGCUCACAUCACCGCUCUGGAGACGCUCGUCUCGUCCAGCCCGGCUAACAGGACCAAGUUUAGGCGUCUCUAUUCCGACUGGAAGCAGCUCUAUAAAGCUGUCCGGACGAAGGUGGAAGAAAGUGAGGAGGGUAUUUUGCUGCACGAGAGCUUCCAUGAGGGUCUGCUGAACGUGGAGAAAUGGCUGAUGAUCAUGAGGCAGAAGCUGGAGUCGUUCCGAGGACCGAACGGAGAGUGGAGCGUGGUGAACCGACAGCAUGAAGCAGAGAGGGCGCUGGGCGAGUUUCCAGCAAAGGAGCUGCAGCUGCACAGGACCGAAGCGCAGGGUCAAGCCGUGCUGCUGAAAACCUCCGAGGACGGCAAGGUUCACAUUCAGCGUGACCUCAGGCGCCUGCGUGAGUCCUGGAUGUCGCUCCACGCGCUCAGUCUGAAUCUGUACAGACUCGUGAGUGGACACGUGUCUGAGCUCGGUGCUUCAGGAGAACUCGACUCUUCAGUACACUCGCACCGUGCAGACGACUUCCUGGACGGAAGCGGCGGAUCCACGAUCCGAGUCGGAGCAGACGGCCGCUCGGGAUUCGAGGACGACCUUCGGAUUUCUCCGGGCUCGCGGUCGGCCAGAGGUCCAGGAGGAUUCGAGGCUUUCGCCAAACAUGGGAGAUCCGUAACCAAACACGACGAUGCGUCUCAAACCGAGGACGGAGAGUUCAGUCCUCCAGACGGAAUCCUAUCUCCUGAUCCGUCCGAGAACGUCCACGCAGUCUGGAGAGAGGAAACGAGAGGCCGUUCCGCAUCCGCAGCCGACGAAGCGGACUCGAUCGCCAUUGGACGAGGAUUUCCGCGAGACGGAGGACACGCCCACGGGGCAGGAGCGGUCGGGAGAAGUGGAUCCGGGAAUCGAGGGAGAACAAGGGAAUGGGUUGAAGACCACUCGUCCGGAGUGGAAGACGUUGUGGUGCUGAGCGAAGGCCGGAGUGCAAGCGAUCCAAAACCCUCGCAUACAGAUGUUCGACCAAAACAGCUGUCUGUGUUUACGCACGUCGCGGACGCUUCAGCUCACGGCUCCAGAGACGUCACUCAGGUGAGAGAGCGCAGACCCAACUGGAAAUCGCGCAGGAGAGAGUUUGACGCCUGGCUGCGUAAAGAGAACGAGAAACUCGCAGGGAUUACAAACGACCAAAGAGUGACGAGUACCAAAGGACUGGAGAGAAGACGGAACGCACUCAAGGGUCUGCGUUCCGCCAUUCCGUGGGGUCAGGCUCAGUUCCAGCAGCUACUGCGCUCCUGGCAGACCGACGCACAGACCGAGGACGUGGAACUGGAGGAGCUUCGCUACAGAUGGAUGCUUUAUAAAUCCAAACUGAAGGACGCUGAAAGUGUUAAAGCUCAGCUCAAACUCCAGGAUGAAGGAGUCCAGCAGGAGGAGCUUGUUCGAUCCAGAAAGCAGGAGAGCUGCUGUGGGUUCCUGUACCGUGUGUGUCGUGUGGCUCUUCCUCUGCAGCUGCUGCUCCUCGCGCUGCUGCUGUUCGCCUUCCUCCUGCCCAUGAUGGACGAGGGCACGAGCUGCUCGAUGUCCAACAACUUCGCCCGCUCGUUCAACAUCAUGCUGCGCUACCAUGGCCGUCCGCCCACCUAA